UUUUUUUUCAAUAUUUUACUUCAAUAUUUUGAAGUACUGUAAUUCUGUUUACGUGUAUAUCGGGAUCGCGCGAGGGCUUCGGAUCUGUCAGUCAGCGCGAGGAAGAUUGAUUUCAUGGUCAAAGAAAAGGCAGCCUUCCAGCUAUGAGGUGAAGUCCUUUUUGGACUUGAGGUCAAGGCCUUACUGAAUUUUGGAAUGUACUGCAUUGCUCCCUCAGGACCGUGUCAAUCAAAUAGCUGGGGACCGAUGACUACCCCUCGCCGAACGAGUCUAUAUUUUGUCGGAAGCCCCUGUUCCUCUGUCUCUCCAAGGAAACCAUGAUUGUUAGAUUCAGCCGGCUGAAGAGAGGUCUCUUUCUUCUGGGGAUGCUCUUUAUGGUGUCCCAUCUUGUGCUGUCCGAGGAGGUGCUUCCUGCAGAGAAAGAAGUCACAUUCAGCCAUGUCUACAGGAUUGACUCGGGUUGUAAGCAGGGUUCUCAGGCGGGACAGCUGUCCCAGGACCAGGCCUCAGAAGGACAGUUAGUCACAGUGAAUGGAGAGAAUGACAUUGUCUUCAAACACAACAUACGUCUACAGUCGGCUGGUUGUGGAUGUGCAGAAUCGGAGGAUUUCAAAGCUCUGUUGUACCGUGUAAAUGGCUUGGAGGAGGAAGUCACCUACCUAAAGGGCCAGUGCGCUCAGGGCUGCUGCAGAGGAGGGUCAGGUGUGGACACCAGCUGCAGUGGGCAUGGCACGUACCAGCAUGACUCUUGCAGUUGUAAGUGUAACCCAGGCUGGGAGGGUCCAGACUGCUCCAUCUCAUCCUGCCCUGAUGAAUGCAAUGAUAACGGCCGCUGUGUUGACGGACGCUGCGUUUGCUAUGAAGGCUACACCGGCCAUGACUGCAGCCAGCUCACAUGCCCCAACGACUGCAAAGAUAAAGGCCACUGUGUGGAUGGCAAAUGUGUGUGCUUUAGUGGAUUCUCAGGAGAAGACUGCAGUGUCGCGACCUGUCCGAAUGACUGCAUAGGUAAUGGACGCUGCGUGGAUGGACAGUGCAUCUGCGAUGAGGGAUUCUUCGGAAUCGACUGCUCCAUGGUUCUAGGACCAAAAGGCCUCCGUCUGAUCAAAGUCACAGAUGUAUCCCUGCUGGUGGAGUGGGAGUCUGUAAGAGGAGCCGAGUACUACAUCCUGUCCUACUAUCCAAAGGGAGACGAGGGAGCCAUUGAAGAGGUCCAGGUGGAAAACACGAAAAACUCCUACCUAAUCACAGGCCUCAGACCCGGAGUCACGUACAUAGUACAGGUGUACGCUGUCAUCAGGGGCAUUAACAGUGAAUCUGAUGAGAUAGUGGCUACAACCGAGGUCUCUGGUAUUGAAGGAAUAAAGGUGCUGGGCCAGACAGAGGACUCCAUCCAAGUGGACUGGAAGAACCCUGCGAUCGCUGUGGACUUCUUCAAAUUGACCCAUGCUAGCUCUGAUGGUCAGGGAGGACAGGAGAACGUGGCAAUGAGCCAGGAGGCCAGAACUAAGCACACCAUUGUAGGCCUCAACCCAGGAACAGAAUAUCAGAUAGGUGUACAAGCGAUCAAAGGUGAAAUUGAAGGCAAGCCAUCGUACACCACAGGGGUCACAGACAUUGAUGCCCCAACCAAUCUGGCAACCAGGGAGGUGACAGAGAACUCCGCAACUGUGACGUGGGACAGUGUACGUGCGGAAAUCGAUGGCUACAUGCUGACUUACAGCUCUGCAGAGGGCACCAGCGGAGAAAUUAAAGUGGGAGCAGACGCUACGUCUUACCAGCUGACCUCUCUGAAGCCAGGAGUCCUGUACACAGUUUUCCUCUGGGCCUAUAAGGGCUCUCGUUCCAGUAGGAAGAGCAUGACUGAGGCCGAGACGGACAUAGAUGCUCCUACUAACCUCAUGACCAGGGAGGUGACAGAGGACUCCGCGUCGGUGACUUGGGACAAGGUGCAGGCUGACAUUGAUGGCUACAUGCUGAGCUACAGCUCUGUAGAUGGCUCUGGUCAGGAGGUCCGAGUAGGAGCUGACAGCACCUCCUACAGGUUCACUGUUCUGAAGCCUGGAGUUGUCUACACAGUCUAUGUGUGGGCCAUCAAGGGCCCUCGCUCCAGCAAAAAGAGCUCAACAGAAGCAGAAACAGAUAUAGAUGCUCCUACUAACCUCUUAACCCGAGAGGUGAGCGAGGACUCAGUGUCGGUGACGUGGGACAAGGUGCAGGCUGACAUUGAUGGCUACAUGCUGAGCUACAGCUCUAAAGACGGCUCUGGUCAGGAGGUCCGAGUAGGAGCUGACAGCACCUCCUACAGGUUCACUGGUCUGACGCCGGGAGUUCUCUACACAGUCUACGUCUGGGCUGUGAAAGGCUCUCGCUCAAGCAGAAAAGCCACAACUGAGGCUGAAACAGAGAUUGAUGCACCCAAGAAUCUCAAAGCCAUUGAUGUUCAGACUGAAACCUCCACUAUUACAUGGAAAGCUCCUCAGGCUAAUAUUGAUGGCUACAUCCUGACCUACAGAGCUGAGGAUGGCAGCAUGCAGACUGUGGAAAAAACAUUGACUGCUCAGGACAAUAGAUUUGCUCUUUCUGGCCUUGCAAUGGGGAAGAAGUACAUUGUCACCCUUAUUGCCUACAGGGGCUCGAAGAGGAGUAGGGUAGUGGAGACAACAUUUAGUACAGUGGGGAUGGCCUACCCGUUCCCAAUGGACUGCACUCAGAUUAUGAGGAAUGGGAACAUGGAGAGUGGCAUCUAUACAAUCUACAUCAAUAACAACCGUAGCAGAACCAUGCAGGUGUACUGUGACAUGACAACUGAUGGUGGCGGCUGGAUUGUGUUCCAGAGACGAAACACCGGCAAAUUAGAUUUCAUGAAGCGCUGGAGAGACUAUAUGAAAGGCUUUGGAGAACUGAAAGAUGAAUUUUGGCUCGGCUUGGAAAAGAUCUACGAGCUGACUAAUACUCCUACACAGUAUGAGGUGCGUUUCGAUUUGGGCUUGGGAUCAGAGCGGACAUAUGCCGUCUACGAUAACUUCAAAGUAGCACCAUCCAAACAGAAGUUUAAACUUACCAUUGGCAACUACAAAGGAAACGCUGGUGAUGCCAUGACCUACCACCAGGGAGGGUCUUUCUCCACAGUUGAUUCAGACAAUGACAUUGCGCUUGGUAACUGUGCUCUGACUCACCAAGGUGCCUGGUGGUACAAGAACUGCCACCUGGCCAAUCUGAACGGCAGAUUUGGGGAUAACAGACACAGUAUGGGGGUAAACUGGAAGCCAUGGAAGGGGCACCUGCAGUCUCUUGACUUUGCAGAAAUUAAGAUCCGGCCAGUGGGAACAGCGGGCAGACAGAAGAGGUCACUGAAGAGGAGGGUAGCUGUGUAUUAACAAUCACUUGACAAAAACUACAAAAUGUUAUAAUAUAAUCCAAAACUUGAGGGAAUUGGAUCAAACCAGGUUGAAAUCUGUCUUCAUAUCAGGAAAGCCACUCUAGUUGUAGCCGCUGUAGAUUAUAUGCUGUGUAACUGUAUUUUGUAUGUUACAAAAGGCAGAUUUUGAAUAGAACAUGUUUUGAACAUGCUUUACUUCAAUUUAGUAUAUAUACACACUGUAUAUGAAAGAAAACCAAAAAACAAAGCAAAAUUUGUAGCAUGACUGACAUCACAGUGCCAUUCCUAACUCAAAGUAAGUGAGGGUAUAUUGUAUUAUGAUCUUCACAGAAGCUCUUUUUUAUUUUAUAACAGUGUUUUGCAACAAAGGACUUUGUACUGUAUAAUAAUUUCUAAAGGUUUUAAUGGAUAUUAAUGAUUUUUCCCCAUCGUAAUAGCUGACAGUUAUGAUUAAAUUUAAAUGUCAUGCAUAAAAAGACGUUUUAUAACAGAGGUUAAGCUAUAAUGUCUUCCAUCUGGAUGUGUACUGUAGUUGUACUAUAAUUCCUGACACAGACACCAAAUUAAGUGUCACAUAUUUUUACAGAAAUAAAAUUUGUUGAAAUAAAAAGCAUUUGGAAUCUUUCAUACACAUACUGGCUCUACAGCCAAAAAUGAUGGGAAAUUAGAAAAUUACACCAUAUAUUGCAGCAUUUCAGCAUCAUUGUCUCUGCAGUGGGCCGGCUGCCCUCAGAGUAACCAAAAAUAUAAGAUUAGAUCAUACCGGGAAAAUAACUGUUCUUAUAGAGGAACUGACAUCAGAAGGAGGCAUAUCAGCCUCAGCAGGAGCAAGACUGUAUUGGCUCUUCUACAGGCCUCAUGUGUUCAGCCUGCAGCUUUGCGUGGUUAAUUUUUCCCUCAUCAGUCCAUGGCUGAAUCACUGUUUUGAAUGGGGUUUGUUAUAUUUCCUCUCCCCACCUUCCCCUACUGCAUUAGUGUGAGCUGGGGCAUGAGACAAAACAAGGUCUGUUUGCGUGGAGGGAUCUGGGCAGUGGGUGUGCACAACCAUCAGCCAGAGGAGAAUUUCCUGACACUCAGGACUGUUAUGUGAUGGAAAACUGCAGCAGUAGGGUGUGUCCAUGGCUGCAAAAUGUUCACUAAGUGUUUUUUUCCCUCCAUAUAAACAUACAGGAGAUCUAUCACACCUUGCUAAUACCAUAUUAUAGGUCUAUAGAUUCUGACACAAAGACAUAUAUUAUCUGUAAUAAGUGUUUUAGACCUGUGUACACACUCGUUCUUGUCUCGUCAUAUCGUCAUAUGAAGCGUGUAUGGUAUGGACGUGGCAUAGCCUAAAUCUCGAACCUCCAGGGAAUCACCUGUUUUAAAACAGAGGAAAGUCUGCUGGCAAAAAGAGAACGUGACAGAGCUCAUAAUAAAAUGAGAAUAAACUAUGGUUUGGCUUUUGUUUUCGAGGUGGCGAGAAGAACAGGAAUUUGAAAUAGUAAUAUUUCACAAUAUUGUAAAAGCAAGGCUGAGAUGCUGUUUUUAUUACUCAACAAGGUAUUUUAUUGAACAGAUAUCUUUAUCUAUUGUGAAGGCUCAUGUUCAUCAUCCGUACAGUCAUGCAGAGCCGAAGCACAAUAAAAACAAUGUUCUUCUACAAAAUGCAUGCAGUUUUGUUUUUUAACCGCUAGAGGGCCAAAAGUUCAGCCGCAUUUACAUUACAUGGUUCAAGUGACCCAACUCAGAUUUUUUCCUCCCCAUUUGCAUCUGCCAUGCAAGCGGACAGGUCGGAUAUUCCCCUCUCAAUGCGAGUCGGGUGGCGAAUGAUGUCAGCUCACAUGGACACCAUCUGCAAUCACAUGACUCACAUGAGAAUCAGUUAGUACAGUUUACUGCAGAACAACUCAU